UUUACCGUAGCAAGAAGAACAAAAAAAACGCAAAGAAACUCUAAAAAACAGUGAAGAUGGCAAGCCAAAAUCUUACUGCAACGUUGCUUCUCUUCACCACCUUUCUCUUCAUUUCCCGAUCAAUCUCAGCCGUUCAUUCUCCUCCACUACUAAACGCAACAACCAACGAUCUAACUUUCAUCCGAACAAGCUGCAACGCUACUCUAUACCCAGACCUCUGCUUCAACUCUCUCGCCGGCUACGCCUCCGCCGUUCAAAGCAGUCCGGCGAGGCUAACCAAACUAGCUAUCGGAGUUACCAUUUCAAAAGCUAAAUCAACGGCUGUUUUGCUUUCCAAGUUCUCGCGCUCAGCAACCAAAGUCAAAGACUGUGCUUCUUACCUUAAAGACGCACUCGACGAGAUGAGAGAUUCACUCCGAACACUACGCAACAUUAGCCGCGGAGUAGGCAUUGGUGCGGCUCCGUCUUCGGUGGAGAUGUUUAGGUUCAAGAUGAGUGACGUGCAGACGUAUAUGAGUGCAGCAUUGACGUAUGAGGAUACGUGUACGGACGAAUACGAAGAAAUGGAUGAAGCUGGAGGGACCAAGACGGCUGUUUAUGAUCGGGUGAAUAAUCUGAAGAGGUUAACUAGUAAUGCUCUUGCGCUUGUUAACAGUUAUGCCAAUAAUGGAGCUCCAUGAGAUGAGAUCAUGAAAGAGUUUUGUAACUUUUAAUUUAAAUGUUUCUUCUGAUGAUUUUCUUUACUUUGUUAAAUAUUUCUUUUGAUAAUUUAAUAUAUUAUGGGUU